ACACAGCGCACAGAUUUUCCGUGGCCCGCGCAGAUGGCUAUUUGCAUGCUAUUUGGCAUUUCUGUUGGAACUGUUGGAGUAUGAACUGCGUGAUUUUAUAAACGUUAUAAACUACCUUUUCAUAAAUGACUGCACGGUAUAUAGAGAACUGGAACUGAGAACUAAUGACUGUGUAAGCAGGGUAUAACAACCUUGAAUUUCUCAGGAGGCUAGAAGUAAAAGUAGAAGAAACUGCACAGAGGACCACUGAAAACAUCCAUAUGUCUUCAAAGAAGGGCCUUACAAAUUCCCUGAAGGCGGAAGAUGUGGUUCAAGCUGUGCUAUUGACGGACAAUUUUUCUGAUGUCCUUGCCCCAUACUGUUUGGAUACACCAUUGAGUCUACUUCCUCUGGUCAAUGUUCCUCUUGUUGACUAUGCCCUGGAGUACUUGGAGUCUUCUGGAAUACAUGAGUGCUUUAUUUAUCUGUGUAAACACACUGAUGCAGUCAAGAAACACCUGAGUGGCACCCGGUGGCUCAGCGAGGACAGUCCGAUGGUGAUCCACGUGCAGACUGCUGAGGACUGCCUCUCGCUGGGCGAUGUCAUGAGGGACCUGGACGCCAAGGCCCUCAUCCAGUCCGACUUCCUGCUGAUGUCAGUUGACUGUAUCACCAAUGUCGACAUCGUGCCCAUCAUGAAAGAGCAUAGCGCCCGCCGUAAGAACGACGACCGCGGCUCUGUGAUGACGCUGCUGUACCGGGAGGCGACUCCGGGCCACCCGGUCCGGCGCCACUCGGCCCAAGUGCUGCUGGCCGCCGACGCCGAGACGGGGCGGAUGGUGUUCCACCAGCGGCUGCCGGCCGCCGCGCGGGGCCGCGUCACCUUCCCACUGCACAUUUUCCAGGAGCAGAGCGCCGUGGAGCUGCACUACGACCUGGCCGACACGGGACUCAGCAUCUGCUCACCGAGCGUUCCCCAACUGUUCGCCGACAACUUCGACUUCCAGACGCGCGACCACUUUGUUCGCGGCAUCAUCGUGAACGAGGAGGUGAUGGGCAACACGGUGUACCACCGGCGCGUGGGCACGCAUUACGCGGCGCACAUCGACAGCCAGGCCACCCUGCUGACCGUCACUCAGGACGUGACGGACCGGUGGGUGCACCCCGUGGUGCCGGAGAACCGGUGCCCCCAUCGCGCCGACCUGCGCUGCAGUCAGCGCAACGUCUACCGACACCGCACGGCCAAAGUCGGCAGCGGCACGCGCCUGGAGGGCUGCGUGGCGCUGGGCGCCGGCGCCUCGGUCGGCUCCAACUGCCGGCUGCUGCGCGCUGUGGUCGGUCCCGGCUGCCAGCUCGGCGACAACGUCACCCUGGAGGACGCCGUGCUGGACGCCGGCUGCGUGCUGGGGGACCGGUGCGAGGUGCGCCGCUCGCUGCUCGGACCGGGCGUGCAGCUGGCGGCCGGCGCCCGGCUCCACCCCGGCUGUGUGCUCGGAGCGGGGGUGCGGGUGGAGGGAGCCGCCGAACUGCCGCAGGGCACACUGCUGGUCGGACGGCCGCCAGAGGACGAGUUCGGCGGCGGCAGUGCGCCCGAGCCGUCACGGCUGGUGGGCGCCGGCGGUCGCGGGUUCACCUUCCUCCCUGAGGAGGACGAGGAGGACACGCUGAGUCCUCUGCGGCUGGGACCCGCCGAGCUGCCGACGGCAGAGCUGAGCGACAGCGGAGAGAGCAGUGAGGAGGAGACAGAGGACGAGAGCGAGGAGCGGCUCGACGGCGCCGAGUCGCCAGAGGUGGUCGACGACACCAAAUUGUUUUACAGCGAAGUUCUCGACAGUCUGGUGCGCGGCUUCCAGGAAAAGAUAAGUCCAGAGAACCUGAUUCUGGAGGUGAACUCUUCCAAGUUUGCCUACAACGUUACUGUCCAGGAGCUCAAUUCUCUUGUUGUGAAGGCGAUUCUCUCUGUGCCAGAGCACGGCUCGGACGAGCGUCUGGCGGCGCCGGCCUUUCUGGCGCGGCUCCAGCCCGUGCUGACCACCUUCAUGCCGCUACUCACCAACUACAUCAAGAGCGAGGAGUCCGAACUGAGCUGCCUCAGGGCGCUGGAGGAGUUUAGCUGUGAUCACUCUGCCAUGUCGGCCUGCCUGGCCAAGGUGCUCAUGCUACUCUACCAGCGGGACAUCCUCUCCGAGACCACCAUUCUGAGCUGGCACGCCGAUUCCGAGGGACUCAGUCCCGAGGCGGUCCGCGUCCGACAGCAGGUCCAGAAGCUGGUCGACUGGCUGCAGGAGGCGGAGGAGGAGUCCGAGGACGAGGAAUCCGAGGAGGACUCCAGUUGAGACGGUGCACGUGCCCACUGACUGCUCUUUGGUGACCGGGGUGACAGAAAAUAAUAUAUGACGCGGUGACUAUUUAA